GACACUGAGCGAAAUCAAGAGAUUCGAUCAAACCCGCUCUGAUCUCGAAUCUAUAUCCAUCCUCUCUCGUUUUACUCUCUACUGGAUCUAAUCCUGCUCGUCUGAUUUCGUCUAAGAUUCAUCCGAUUAAUCGAAACAGAAGGUACAGAGCAAGGGGUGCCGAGAAAAAAUUUUCUUACUCGAUGACAUUACAUCGCAAUGUCCGAUCGUUUGGGGCAAAUAACCAAGUCCAAGGAUGGGAAAAGCAAGUAUUCCUCACUCAGCCUAUUUGACAAGUACAAGGGAAAGUCAAUAGAAACUCAGAAAACCACAGUAGUUGCACGACAUGGCUUACAGAGUCUCGGUAAAGUGGCCGCUGCCCGGCGAAUGCCCCCGCCCGCUCACCUGCCGAGCUUGAAAUCCGAAAAUAGAGGAAACGAUCCAAACGUGAUUAUCGUGCCCAAAGACGGAACAGGAUGGGUGAACAAGCAGGAGCAACCCGAUCAAAAGUGUUCCAUUGCGUCGACAGCACAGCUGCCGGAGUCGCAGCCGCAGCUGCCUUCGCAGAAAUCCGUCUCCAAUCUGCAGAAGCCAACAGCGCCAGUCAGCCAGGAGAGCACAAGCACCGGUGGACCAAAGCAAUGGGCACAACUAAAUGGAAAGGCAGUAGAUCAAGAUGGUUUAAGGGCCUCAAACCGACUGCAGCCCUUCUCUCACGAGGAAUUUCCGACGCUGAAAGCAGCAGGCGAACAGGACAAGGGUGGCAAGGAAAAAAGCGUCUUCGAUCCGUCGUAUGGGCCCGGACCAAGCCUCCGCCCUCAGAAUGUGACGAGUUGGAGAGAGGGUGGAGGAAGGUUGCUGCUGCAGCCCCCGUCUCCAUCCUCGCCCCUCCCUCCCGAGCCGGAGGGCAAAACCGGCGGCUCACCCGAAGCUGCGACUCCUCUCCCUCCCUCGACUUCGGCCACCUCCGCUUCCUCGACGGCUAACUCGGUCACUGCCACGCCGCCGCCCCCCGAUCUGAAGGAGCCCCCGCUCCGGCCGGCGCAGCCAGCGCAGCCGGCACGCAGGAUUACACCGGGGAAGCAAUAUCAGAUGCAUCACUCCAACUCCGCCACCUACCACGACAUGCUGCCCGCCUUCAUGUGCUCUAAGGAGAGUCGCGAGACGGGUUCCUCCGAGCACGGACCGACCGCUGCUGUCGCCCCCGUCCGUUUUGAUCCUCGACCCGCGUUCAGACCUGCCUUCCCUCCACCUGAGCCUGUCAACGGAGAUGUUAGGAGGGAGAACCGCUUCACCCGGGUUCCCCCUCGUCCCUCGCCUCGACCGAUUCGCCGCCCUGGAGACAGGCCACCCCGAGCUGCCAUCAUUAACAUCGAUGACCUUAAAGAUCUGGACGAUCUGGACAACGACUUGGAGGACGGAUGGGCUGGUCUUCACGAGGAGGUGGAUUACAGCGAGAAGCUCAAAUUCAGCGAUGACGAAGAGGACCACUGCCUCGCCAAGAAGAACAAAGCAUGGGCCGAGUGGGAUUCUCGUCGUGAGCGCCAGUCGUCGAUGAGCUCCGAGGGUCAGGAUGACUUGUACCAUCACCAGCAUGAGCCUCCACUUUCCAGGAAAACCAGCAGCAGAUACAGCUCAACGGACUUGCAGCCGCAGCAGAGGAACAGCGGCGUGAGCGAGUCCGUCGACGAGCAGCCCGAGCCGCAGCGCCCCGCUCCCCCUCCUCCCCGCGGUAAGUUCGUCCCGGCGGACGUCUCCGAGGCCGUGGAGAGGGCGCGUCGGCGGCGCGAGGAGGAAGAGAGACGGGCCCGCGAGGAGAGACUGGCCGCCUGCGCCGAGAAGCUCAAGAGGCUGGACGAGAAAUUCGGCAAGACCGAGAAACCCGCGCAGCCCGCAGAGGCGCCCGGGGCCGAAAAUAAAGAGCCGGCGCAGUCUCCGUGCAGAGACUCGGCUAAACAACAACCGGAGGUGUGGCAGCACGGAGCUAGAGAGGAGCAGAAACCCGAUCCACUUCAUAACCAGGAUUACAGAGACGACUUCAGCUACAGGAAUGAGGACGACGCUUCAGACUACGCCCGGCACCAGAAAGCCGUCCCGCCCCGCUUCCAGAAACAGCAGCAACAGCAGGAGCAAACGUAUAAGGUGCAGCAGUGGCAGCAGUCUGGCUCCGUACCCAACCAGAGAGGUUAUUACCCCUCUCCUGUGCUGGGUUUUGACCCACGCUGGAUGAUGAUGCCCCCUUACAUGGACCCCCGAGUGACCCAGGGCCGCUCACCCCUCGAUUACUACCCCCCUGUUCACUCGUCAGGAAUGAUGAAGCCGGUGAUGCCGCAGGAUCACCUCAACAGCCCCGGUUCUGGUUCUGACGAGGGCUGCCAUCCCAGCAUGCACCAGGAGAGAAGAGCACCCUCUGCUGAGAAUUACCCAGUUUGGAGCCAAGAUGGCUUCCCGCACGCUCGCAGUUUCACCCCUCCUUAUCAGAGGCCGCACGAGAGCGCGGAGAGGAGUCAGGUGGACGACAGGAGUGACCGGUCAUGCUCCCAGCAGGACUCUUACGAUGAGAGGAACGAGCGCGUGGACAGUCCAUCAGAGCAUCUCUCUCACCAGGUCUUCCGCCCGGGCCGAGGAUCCGACAUGUCUCUCGGUUCGCAGCACGACUCCGGCCACGAAGACGCCCACCGCCCGUCGCAGCACAAGGAGUACUCGAACCUGGAGCACCACAAAGAGCUCUCCUCUCACCGACAUCACCGAGAGAGUCAGGAUUCUCACCACGACGCCGGCGAGGGGAAGGAUGACGACUUCGAGUGUGAUUUCUGGAGGAAAGACAAAGACGAGCAGGUUCAGUGGUCCGAAGCCGGCUCGAGCAGCAGCAGCGUCGUCGGCCAGCCGUCCGAAUCCGGCAGCAGGACCUUCAGGAGGACCGGUCCCAUCAAGAAACCCGUCCUCAAGGCCCUAAAAGUGGAGGACAAGGAGAACGAGAAGCCCAAGUCUGAGCCGGAGGAGAAGACCGUUCCGUAUAGACUCGAGAAGGAAGUCCUGACUAAUGUCUAUGAUCUGAAAAAUGACAACCAACCUUUGGCCGGCAGGCACCCGGCUCCCGUGAGCACCCACGAGGAGAAGCAAGCUUCCAGACCCAAAGUGGAGAAGCCGAGCUACCCGACCGAGGAACUCCGAAACGAGGAUUUGAGGAGCAAGGAAAACGGCUGGACUAACAAAUACCAGCCGAAAGAGACGCUGGAAGACCGAGAGUCUGCUGUGCCGCGCCGUAACAACUGGAUCUUCAUCGACGAGGAGCAGGCGUUCGCCGGAGCCAGGGGAACGGGCCGUGGUCGAGGCAGAGGCUUCAGGGAUUUCAAUUCUCGAGGCGGAGGCCGAGGAGGUCGUACCGACAACCCUAGAGGAGCGUUUAACGCCGGGAACAUGCACCGAGCCGGUCGGGGUCGAGGCGCACGCGAGUUCGUCAAACCCGAGGACUUGCAACGAGGCAAACCGAGAAGGCGCAACGUGAGCGAGACGCUCAGCGAGGCCUCGGAGUACGAAGAGUUGCCGAAACGCCGCAGGCAGAAGAACGGAGAGAACGGCGAGAACGCCGAGGCCGCUUAUUCCACGACGGACAGGGUGGACAGGGACUCGUGGAGGUCCAAUAAAGUCUACAGUGAUGACCAAUCCGGGUGGGACAUGAGGGAGAAAUCCCGAACAAGAAAUUUUGGUCGGUCCCUUCCUCCGAGGUUGAACGCCGGGUACAACCGAGGGUUUGCAUCGAGGGAUGUUUCAACCUGGCGUGGAAGAGGGGCCCAGUUCGGCGGUUCCGCUCAACAAAACGGUUACAACUUUUCAGGCGACUCCUUUUCGAGAAAGUCGUCCGAAGGCGAGAGCCUGAAGUACCCCUCAAAGCCGCCCUCCUUCACCGAAAACGGACUCGACGAGAAAGAGGGCGACUACCAAUUUGACGAGAAUUCCGACAACCGCCCCAUGAGGAGACGCCGUCCACCUCGCCAGGACAAACCCCCACGGUUCAGGCGUCUGCUCCAGGAGCGAGAGUCUGGCAGUCAGUGGAACGGCGAAGAGUACGUGAACGGGGACUUCUCCAACCCCUGGCCCGGUCGAUCCAAGAGCAGCGACGACCACUGGCCCGGGCAGUGUUCCGGAAGCCGCCAGCAGGAGUUCGCCCCUCAGGGUGAAGACUGGGAGAGCGGCUCGGAAAACGGCGACUCCAACGAUUGGAGAGAGAAGCGCGGAGACGCUCUGGCGGAUUCGGGCCACGGCGAGGCCGGCUCCGAGAAGAGGGAGCUCUCCAAGAGAAGCUUUUCCAGCCAGCGCCCACUGGUGGACCGGCAGAAUCGUAAGAGCGACCUGUCCGUUAUGGAAAGUGGGAAGAUGACAAGGUGCUCGGAUGCUUCUUCCAGCUGUGGCCCGUCUAACAGGAACGACGGCUGGCAGAACGGGGUGUCGCCCAACUGCAGGCGGAGUCCAGACGAUGGCACCUCGGGCAUGAACGCUGGCCCGAUGUACAGCGUGGAGCAGACGGAGGACGGUCUUCCCCUCGGCACUGCCGAAUCAGCCGGGAAGAAGCUGGAUAAAGAGCUGAAGCCCAGGACGCUGAAGGCGGACAUGGCUGAACCCCUUUCACAAUAUGACCUGACCAGCUACCCGAUUGAGAGCGAUUCAGGAGCCUCUAUUCCAAGUCCUGAAGGCUUCCAAGAUGCCCUGGCUAAAAAGCAACGGCGCCCUCAGGAGGAGGAUCGGAGGAGGAAGGAGCACAGUGCACAGGUGGUGGUGAAAAACAGACCCAUCGCCUCCAAAAUGCCUCCACGUUUUGCCAAGAAGCAGGGCGGCAUGUCCAUGGACCAGCCGGACGACACUCUCUCGACGAGCAACCUCGGCACGGAGAUCUGGGAGACGAGCAGCGCAGCAUUACCAGUUCAGUCGUCUGGUGGAGACGCAUGGACAAAGCAGGUGUCCUACACUGGAAGUGAACCGAAUUCAGAGGAUUCCGAUGCCGAGCCGGAGCUGAGCAAGGAGCACAAGCCCGGGCCGAUCGGAAACGAGAGAUCCCUGAAGAACCGCAAGGGUUCGGAGGGCGUGGAGCGUCUGGAGGGUCCCAUCACCCCCGUCAACGGAGUGGACAUCCACGUGGAAAGCGUUCUCCCCGUUCCUCCCAUCGAGUUCGGGGUCAGCGCCAAAGACUCGGACUUCAGCCUCCCUCCGGGAGCGGCGCCGGUGGCCGUGUCCAGCACGGUCGGCAAACUGCAGGACGCUCUGGCCGGCAACGUUGGCCUUGCUCAGGGCAUUCCUAUGCUGCGUAGAGAUCACCUGCAGCCUGGCAUCAACCUCAACCCCAUAUCGUUCCCCAGCACAGACCUCACACUCAAGAUGGAGUCUGCACGUAAAGCCUGGGAGAACUCGCAGUCCCUCCCUGAGCAGGGCUCUCCGGUGGGAGCGGGAUCGGUCACGCAGUCUCCCUGCAGCUCCUCCAACGCUGUCAGCUACAGCUCGUUCGGAGGCGUCUCCAUGCCCCAGAUGCCCGUGGCUUCGGUCGCUCCUUCUGUCUCCAUUCAAGGUAAUCAUAUACCCCCUCUGUACCUCGAUGGCCAUGUUUUCCCGAGUCAGCCUCGCUUGGUGCCACCCACUAUGACCCAGCAGCAGAGCUACCAGCAGGCAGCAGCGCAGCAGAUCCCCAUCUCUCUGCACACGUCUCUGCAGGCUCAGGCUCAGUUGGGACUAAGGGGGGGUCUCCCUGUCUCUCAGUCCCAGGAGCUGUUCAACUCCAUGCCUUUCAGGUCCCAGGUGUUUAUGCAGCCUAGCCUGUCCCACCCGAGCGCCAUGGUGCUUUCGGGAGCCGGUCCUCUCAAAGGGCCGUACUCCGCCUUCCCAGGCAUGCAGCCCUCGGACAUGGUGAAGCCGCAGUCGGGCUCGCACUACCAGCCCAUCAACGGCAGCCAGGCGCUGGUUUACGACAGCGGCAUCAACCAGGCCGCCGGUUUGGGCACCUCUCAGCUCAUGGACUCGCAGCUCAUUCAGGUGACGAUGCCCCUGCCUGGCUCUCAGCUGCGUUACGGUUCGGCCCAGCAGCACCUGAUCCUGCCACAGUCCAUCCAGCUCCAGCAGGGUCAGAACCUCUCCGUCGGCGCCCCGCGUCGCAUUAUCCCCCCUGGGUCACAGCCGCCCGUCAUGCCCGGCAACCGAGAGCUGGAGAUGAAAGGAUUCCAGUUUCCUGACAAGCUCACUCACUCACCUGGAAUACCUAUUGGAUCUUAUAGGCCUGGCUCUGCCAGCCCCAGCGGGAAGCCGCUCGGUCCACCAAACAUGGGCUCCCUGCCUGCGCAUUACACACAACAGGUGCCCCAUUCACAGGGCAACAUGGUGAUGCACAUGCGCCCGCCCUCCAGCGGCCCCUUCCCGAACCCCAUCCAGAGGCCUGUCAUGCAGGUAAACAAGACCAUCAUGAUGCGCUCUCCCCCGUACUCCGGCCCCGGCCGAGAUCUCCCCCACUCCGCUCCCCCUACCAACCUGGAGCCCCCGAACAAGAGUGCAGAGGAGGGCACGAAGACUAAAACCCUGCGUGAUGUGCGCCAGACUGUUGGGGAUCUGAAGGCUCCUUCCUCGUCAGUGAUUGGCAGCAAACUGCAGGAUUCUGCUGCACCGCUCCAGGUGAAACCCAGUCGCACCGGAGCCAUUAAACCUCAGAGUGUUAAAGUGGAGGAAAGCAAGGCCUGAACCCCACAGAUCCUCCCUCCCUCGUCUCUCUCUCCGUCCGGACCGACCGUCUGCGCUCAGCCGGGGGACGUCUGGCUCCCGGUUUCCGUUAGUCCGCGUUAGUUUCGGUUCGUCUCGUCUCAUCACGUUCACCCUUCACCGGAGAGCAGACCGGAGAGCACCGGGACGGGGACGGUUCUAGAGAUUUCAAAUCUAUCUAUAUAUAAAUAUAUAAAUGUAUACUAUGAUUAUAUAAAUGCAUAGCCGUGAUAGCUUGGGACUCUUCUGAGCAGACUCCUCGUUAUUUAUUUUCCAUUUCAUGAGAAGAAGAAUCACGAUCGGCGUUCGUUCUCUUGUUCGAGCUCCGAGAACAGAAAACACGCAUCCGAGAAAUCGUGGACACAUCAAGGUCACUCGAUUCAUCCCGUCCAUUGCCAAACCGUGCGCGGUCAGGAGGUCGGACUGUAGCUGAUUGACCCGGCUGAGAAAUACGAACACGUCUCUUUAACUGCUGAUCUGCAGUGUGUGGCACCGUUUGUCAUCCUUACUGGGUACCAUGGAGUUUUAACCUUUAUUUUUUCUUUUCUUUUUUAAAUAAAUAUAUAAAUAUCAUAACCAACACCUAUUUGCUCUAUUAUGAAGGGGCGUCUUUUAUUCAAUAAACCUUUCAAACCCCCCCACAGCUAAAGAUUUUCACUGUUCUGCAUGGAGCAGACUCACAGAACUCGACUUUUAAAAGACUGGAAUUGUGAUUUAAGUUUUUUGUUUUUUUUCCCUCUUUCGUGUAUAAAUGUGAUCUUUCAUUUUCACCUCUGCAAGUGCGACUGGCAUUAGUGGCAUCAGUGUUUUAAGGGUCAUGUUGGUGUGCUUGCGAGUGCCAGCCGGGGCCUGUCUGUAAUAUUUAGGGUUAUUAGUACACUCUAAGGGUGGGUGAGUGAACACAGGGCACUUUGUGGUGUUGGGGCGGUCUUGUGCUGAUAGCGUCAGGGCGGGGCCAUUUAACCAUCCAAUAAUAUCGCAGUAAAUCAGGUUACGGUGUUUUUAUUUCCGAAUACUAUUGCAUGUGGGACAUGGUUAAAUUCACGCCCUCUCUUUACUGGCAUUACAAUGCGACGUUCCAUCUGUCCAUACCAAAUCUGGUAGUUUUAAUGUGAUGGGGAGAUUAGACGCUUAGAUGGGAAUUAGCAAUGACUAAAUUGAGUUACACGGUGAGUCUUGGCAUUUAGGAAUUCAUCAUUGUAGUAAGGGGGUAGUAGUAAGGCAGGACCUAAUUUCUCUUCCUUUCUGCCUUCACAGAGGAAGCACGUGUUGGGCGUCUUGCUUUCAUGUUGGUAGUCGUCUUGAGAUGAAAGUGCUUGUGGGAUUUGGAAUUGAAAUUAGAAAUUAGUGUUUUCAGUAGGAGACCUGGCUAAUUGGGAUGCACAGAGACUAAAUACACUGUGGUCCUCCCUACCCUCCAAAUAUGACACCCUAGGGGGUUGCCUGUUGUCCAUCGCCUAGUCCAGACUGUACAAACUAUCUGGGGAUGGGGGUGUAUCAUCGUUUAUUGCGAUAUUAUACAUGUCAUAUUGUGAACUUGCUCAGCCCUAGUAGUUCCAGAUCCAUUUGGGACAGCCUUGCUUGGUACUCAUGACCAGUUUAGUUGGUGCCAAGUAUUAUUAUUAUUAAUAUAUUUUUUUUUUUUUUUUGCAAGACACACACACACACACACACACACACAGUCUGUUUUUAACAAGUGUCUUUAUUUUGGAUGAAAUGAGAUGAACUUGCCUGUCUUGGUGAAAGAUCUAUACAUUAUGGACACGUUCACUUUACUUCGUUUGGACAUUAAGGAUCUCAGCUGCACAUCUCACGCCAUGAUCUCUCAAGAAUUAAAAAAAAUAUAAAGGUGCUUUCGGGAUCAAACUUUGCUUUCCGCGUCCGGUUGUACAGACCUGCAGCAGGUUGUUCUGAGAAGAUGGAGAACGUGUGUGUUUGACGUCUACUGUUGGAAGAAUUGUGCAAAGUGGACCGCUCUCACUCGGACUGAUUAUUUUUCUUCUUUCUCUCCAGGACGUUCGUUCUUAUGAUUUUCAGACGUGAAUUAGGUGUUCGGUGGACCUGCUUGGACCACACUGAUUACAAACAGAUCUGUACAGGCUCACAUUAUCAACUCUUUCCUUUCUAGACUCGGAUUUAAAGGAGUGACGCUGGAUAUUUAACUGUCGACUUUUCUGUUACCUAUUUAAGUUUGUGUAAGGGUCGAUCAGCGCUCCCGUCCGACCCCGGAUCUUAUUUAUCCUUAAUGUUUAUUCUUUCAGAGAUGUGAUUAUAACAUGAUCAUUUUCCCCUUGUUUAAUCCCAUUGAGAGAAAAAAAGAAAUAAAGCAGAAUGCUUUUUAAAGAUUUAA